UUGUUUUGAAUCGAAAUCCAUUUGUGUUACAAAUCUAUGAAAUUGUAUGUAUAUAUGAAUGAUUUAUAUUCAUUAAAAACUAUUAAUAUUACAAAACAUGAUAACUAAGCCUUUGGAUUUUUUUAACCGAAUUAAUUGUUGAGUGUCUUGGUGAAAUAGUGGCUAACAUAAGAGAAAACGUGAGAAUUUUUGUUCUGAAAUCUUAGUUAAUGUAUGAUGAACAGCUGACAAAUUUUUUUUUUCAGUUUCAAACAGUUUUGUUCUACAUAUUACACUUAAAAAUAAAAAAAAAUUAUAAAAAAAGUAGCUUUCCAUUUCCUGCAUUUAGCUCAUCCUUGGGCUAAAUACAACAAUAACAUCCUCUUCCCCAUGCAAAGCAUGGGUUUCCAUCUAGUUAAAUAUUAACCCCUCGAAUUACAAAUAUGAUGGAUUUUUCUAAAAUUUCCUAUAGUGUAGGGACGCAUUUGUAACUAGACAAUAUUACAAGGGUACAAAUUUCAAACUUCACUAUUUCUAGGUUAGAAAGUCCAAACCCUUUCGUUUCCAAAACCCCAGUCUUCUUUCUCCGUUUCUGGACUCUGGUUUGUUUUCAGCUUCUUGUUCUUCGAUCGAAAAUGGCGAAGCGUUUAAUUCCUUGUUUUAACCGUGUUCUGGUUGAGAAAAUAAUCCCUCCAUCAAAGACCAGCGCCGGUAUUCUGCUUCCAGAAGCAUCCUCCAAGCUAAACUCUGGUAAAGUUAUUGCUGUGGGCCCUGGAUCACGUGAUGCAGAAGGGAAGUUGUUGCCUCUCUGUGUGAAAGAAGGUGACACUGUUUUACUAGCAGAGUAUGGAGGAACAGAAGUGAAACUUGAUGAUAAGAAGUAUCAUUUGUAUGACGAUCAUGAUAUCUUGGGAACUUUGCACGAUUAGUUUGGCUCUAUAAUUCAUGAGAACAUUUAAGAGAUUUUGUCAUUUGGAAAUGUACGAGUGAGAUGGGUCCCAAAAUUGGGGAUUUGGAGAAUCCGGAUACACAAAUUUAGUUUGCAGUUGUUAUUUAAAAAAAAAAAAAUCCCCUUUGUAUUUGGCAUUUAGCUUAUUAAUUAGUUUUUAUCAAACACUGUUACUUAAUCAGCUAUCAGCUAAAUAAUGUCCUAUUAAUGUCAUUUGUUAACUUAAUCA